CGAUGUCUGGAUUCACCGGCCCGCGAUCAUCACCGUUAGUCAGACAAACCCUCCGCUCAGCUGUGGGCAGGUCGAUGGAGACCCACAACUGGUGACAGCGUUGUAUACUCUCGGGGCACUCGGAUAGAGAUGUCCACACAGGGUUACGCGAAUCCGAACUCGUCCGUGAAUAAUUACAGCAUGAGUUCCACUCAAAACGGAGGCGGAGCGGCGACGCCGUGUCAGAACGGUCCAGGACAGAUGUACCCUGCCAUGUAUCCUGCAUCCAGCUACUAUAGUUCUGCUCCGCCUGCUGCUUACCCCACCGUGGCGGGACACAGCGCUCCUCCCACCGGCAAAAUCCCUGUUUCGAGCACAGGCUAUAGUGGGAACUAUUACCAGAACAGCUCAGGGCCGUCGCCAUAUCCAGCACCAGGAACGCAUCAGUACUCAAACGCCCCGGUACAGUCAUUCCAGCAGACUGCGCCGUACGCUAUGCCAGCUGGAUAUUACGGACAGGCUUAUAGUCACCCCUCACAGGGGCAAACUCAACCCCAACCUCAGCAGCUGCAGCCCAGCCUGGUGCCAGCGUCCAGCGGCAGCAACCUCGGCGCCCCGCUGUACCCCAUAAUUUCUUACCCAUCAGCCCCUGGGAGCAACCAGUACGGCACGCUGAGAUCCUCCCAAACCGCCGCUGGGCAGCCACCCAUUGUUUCAGUAAUGCCACCGCCACCUACCCAGAGUUCUUUGCAACAGUAUUCUCAAGGGAUCGGGGCCACGCCCACACCAGCUCACCCGGGCUAUGGAGUCCCGCCUCUUAGCCAAACAGCCACUGUCAACGGCCAAUCAAAUGCAGUUCAACAACACUACGACCAAAACCUCCACAAUCCCAUGAGCCAUCAUUACGCUGUGGGCCCUCCUAACUCACAGGGCCCUGAUAAAGAGAGGCCGCCCUCAGGAACCCCAGGCACCUCUGUGCAUUCCUCACCACAAAACCAUCCAGGGCUGCUGUAUGGUGACCGUGGGGUGAAUAACGCCAUAAGCUCGGCCGCGGGCGAUCACUCCUCAUCCAGUUCUGACCAUGAGGAAGAGGAUGAGGAGGAUGAGGAAGCAGGUGGAGACAGCUCUUCUACAACCACAGGCAGUGCCUCUCCAGUUCCCAACAGUUAUGAGUCUCUGGAGGGCGGCGGUUACUCGGAUCUUGCAGCUCCUCCUGCUGGUGUUCCCGCCAAACACGCUCCACCCUUCGGAUACAAUUAUCCAACUAUGCAUCCUGCUUACCAACAGAACCCCGCCCCCAAACCAGACCCCUCCCCCUCUCACGGAGGGUACAACCCACCAGGAUACCAGCCGUACUCGCAGCCUUUCCCGUCUCUGUCUGAGCUGUCAUCAGCGUUAGGAGGCCUCGGCGGCGUUUCUGAACUGGAGGCUGAAACCUUGAGACCCAUGAAUCUACUCCAGGAGAGAAACCUCCUUCCUCCCAAACGCGCACCUCCACCUGAGCCCAACCUGAGCAACGACCUGCGCAAGGUCAACUGCAGCCCCGACACUUUUCGCUGUACUCUCACUAACAUUCCCCAGACUCAAGCGCUGUUGAAUAAAGCCCGUCUGCCUCUUGGAUUACUGCUGCACCCCUUCAGAGAUUUAACGCAGUUACCAGUGAUCACCUCUAACACUAUAGUUCGUUGUCGUUCGUGUCGGACGUAUAUAAACCCUUUUGUUUCGUUUCUGGAUCAGCGCAGGUGGAAGUGUAAUCUGUGUUACAGAGUCAAUGAUGUUCCUGAUGAGUUCAUGUAUAAUCCUGUAACUCGUUCAUAUGGUGAGCCUCACAAGAGACCAGAGGUCCAGAAUUCAACUGUGGAGUUCAUCGCUUCCUCUGAUUACAUGCUUCGGCCUCCUCAGCCUGCUGUGUACCUGUUCUUGUUGGAUGUAUCCCACAAUGCUGUGGAGUCAGGCUACUUGAAUGUGUUUUGCCAGUCAUUAAUGGACAACCUAGAAAAGUUGCCCGGAGAUACUCGUACACACAUCGGGUUUGUGACGUUUGACAGCACCGUCCACUUCUAUAACCUGCAGGAGGGUCUUUCUCAGCCUCAGAUGCUGGUGGUGUCUGAUAUUGAUGAUGUUUUCAUCCCAACACACGACAGUCUGCUGGUGAAUCUCAAAGAGAGUAAAGAGCUGGUGAAGGACCUGCUCAAUGCGCUGCCGGGGAUGUUCACACACACACGUGAGACUCAGAGCGCUCUGGGUCCGGCUCUGCAGGCAGCAUAUAAACUCAUGUCCCCUACAGGAGGCCGGGUGUCCGUGUUUCAGACCCAGCUGCCCACCCUCGGCGCUGGACUCCUGCAGUCACGGGAAGACCCCAACCUCAGAUCUAGCACCAAGGUACCGCUCCUGAAUCAUCAUUCAACUUAA